AUGCCCAGUGUCGAAUUAAGCCAUCGCCGCGACAUCGAGUCGCCCGAUGGCCCCAAAGUCCCUGAACCGGCCAUCAUCUCCCGCCCUGGUUCUUCCUCUGGCCACUCUUCAUCGCCAGAAUCACCUCCCAUCGAGCCUAAAGAGGAUCAGCCUGUUCAGAUAGUUGAAGAAUGUCCAGAUGUUGGCCGCAUCGCUUCGUGGAGAGGUGUCAUGGUGCUACUGGUGACUUCUGGCUCACAAUUCCUCGAUAAUGUCUUCAUGACGGGCGCCAAUAUCGCUCUCUCAUCUAUCCAGAAAGAUUUUGACGUCUCCAGCACUAACCUGCAGUGGAUGAUCUCUGCGUAUACCCUCACCUUUGGCGGGUUUCUCCUGCUGGCGGGAGUCUUGUCCGAUCGAUACGGACGCAAAAACAUCCUCUGCAUCGGUCUCCUCUGGCUUUCAGCAUGGACUCUCGCUAUCGGCUUCGGCAAGUCGUUUAUUGAAAUCUCCGUCUUCCGUGGCUUGCAGGGGAUAGGAGCUGCCAUGACAGUACCCUCGGCCAUCGGCAUCAUCAGCUCCUACUUUGUCGGUCCUGACCGCACGCGCGCACUGUCCAUCUAUGCUGCCUCUGGUGCGGUAGGCUUCUGCACGGGCCUUAUCUUUGGUGGAUUUCUCUCUUCUUCGUUAGGAUGGAGGUAUAUCUUCCGUCUGGCAGUGAUUCUGACUGCGUUGCUGGGUGGUGUUGGUGCUGUUGUUCUUCCUAAAGAUCGACUCGAGGGCACGACCAGAGCAAAACUGGAUUAUCUCGGUGCUGCGCUGUCGACGGCAGGUUUGAUUCUGCUUUCUUUCGUCCUGUCUAGUGGUGGUGUCUAUGGCUGGAGUAAGGCGUUCAUCAUCGCUCUACUAGUCAUCUCCUGUGCUCUGCUGGUCAUUUUCACGUUUCUCGAGAAAUACAUCAGUAACCCCAUCAUGCCGCUUUCUUUAUGGAAGAUUCGCAACUUUGCCGGUCUCUGGAUUGCGGGUUUCACUGUCUACGGAAGCUACCAAACAGUCAUCUACUACAUUGUUCUCAUGGCCCAACAGGUCGACAACCUCUCAGCAGGACAGACUGCCCUCCGUUUCCUCCCCAUGGGCGCAUGCGGAUUCAUCGUGUCCCUGACAACUGGAAAGCUGGUCGAGGUGAUGAAUGGGAAGGUUCUUCUCGUUCUGGGAAUGACGCUGUCCGUCCUCGCGCCGAUUCCGAGUUGUUUGAGUGCUGGGCCGGAGUCAAGUUUCUGGACGAAUGUCUUCCCAACCUCGUUGCUUAGUGUUGCUGGUGUUUCCCUCGCAUAUGUCACUGCCACCACAACCAUGUUGAACAGUGUCCCUGUCAACGUCAAGAGUCUCUGCGGUGGAAUGCUCAACACGGCCUUUCAAAUCGGCUCUGGCGUAGCCCUCGCCAUCUCAGCCGCCGUCACGGAAGCAGUAGACGUCAAGAAAGGGCAUGAUCUGUCACAGCAGUACGCUACGGGAUUAUGGUGUUCGGCUGGACUGGCUGGGCUGGGUUUGUUGGUUUCUCUCUUUGGAGUGAAGAAUCGCGGGAUUGGGCCUUCGGAUAAGGGGGAUCCGUUGUCUUUGCCUUAG